CAGAUUUGGAUUUCGCAGCUGAAACACUUUUUAGUUUGAGCUCUCGUCUGCGAAGCGACACAGACACAAACUGGACUGUUUACAACGCUUAAAAACGCGCUGCUUGCGGUGUUUCUCGGCCCUAAAGUCGAACCAGCAGGAACCGUCGAGGAAGACCACCGUGCAGCCGCUGCAGAGUUUAGUUGUGGGCGGAUAAAGGAGACAGCCAUGCCUUUACCGAGGGGAAAGAAACCCACAGUCACCGCUGGGAGCAAGAUACCCAAGCUUUCUGCAACAACCACCGAGAACCAGGAGGAAGGCCCACAGGUGAAGAGGUCUUCCUCCCCUCCUCAUGGAGCCCCUAAGAAGAGGACCGCUUUCAUCGACAUAACCAAUGCUCAUAAGGUUCAGAUCAGCCUUCCAGGGAGGAAGAAGGAAACGUCGAAGAAGCAGGCGAAGAAAACAAGCUCCACCUCGGUGUCGGCGAAGAAUCAAGCCAACCUGAAAAAGUCUUCGUCUGUGAGCUCGGAGGGGACGAGCGCAGAGAGAGAAAGGACUGACGCAGAGGAGGAGGAAGAGGAGGCGCAGCGGGAUGUGGCAACUUCAGUAGAAGAGCUGGUGGUUGCUGCGCCCCCUGCUGCCCGUGAAGUGCCAGCACACCUUCAGAAACAAGCUAUCCCAGAGGAGUUUGACAUCGACUCUGAGAACUCGGAGGACUGUUACAUGUGUCCGGAGUACGCCAAGGAAAUCUUCGACUAUCUCAAGCAGAGAGAGGAGAAGUUUGUCCUCUGUGACUACAUGCCCCAGCAGCCCAGCCUCAACCCCGAGAUGAGGGCAAUCCUGAUCGACUGGCUGGUGGAAGUACAGGAGAACUUUGAGCUGUACCACGAGACCCUGUACCUCGCCGUAAAGAUGACCGACCACUACCUGUCCCAGACUCCGGUCCACAGGGAGAUGCUGCAGCUUGUCGGCUCGACCGCCAUGCUCAUCGCCUCCAAAUUUGAGGAGCGCAGUCCGCCUUGUGUCGACGACUUCCUCUACAUCUGCGACGACGCGUACAAGAGGGAGGAGCUCAUCUCCACGGAGGCCAGCAUCCUGCAGAAGCUGUCCUUCGACAUCAACAUCCCCAUCCCCUAUCGCUUCCUCAGACGCUAUGCCAAGUGUGUGAGCGCGGGCAUGGACACGCUGACGCUGGCCCGGUACUUCUGCGAGAUGAGCCUCAUGGAGAUGGAGCUGGUGACGGAGAGAGGCUCGCUGCUCGCCUCAGCCUGCCUGCUGAUGGCGCUGGUCGCCAAAGACCUCGGAGGAUGGUCUCCCAUCCUCCAGUUCCACUCCGGCUAUCAGAUGUCCGACUUGGCGCCCGUCGUCAGAAAGCUCCACACGAUGCUUUUAGCCCCUCCGGACGACAAACUGAGAGCCAUCAGAAACAAAUACUCACACAAGGUGUUUUUCGAAGUCGCGUCGCUGCCGUUGGUUAACGUCGACAUUUUGGAGAAGGUUUUAUCUCAGUGAGACGUCGCCUCCGCAGUACAAUUCAAAUCCUGCCAGUCUACGUUACAAACAUGUAUAUAACUUGUUAAUAUGUUUAAUAUUUAUACAUGUUGUGUGUCUUUUUUAUAUAUUGGAAAUAAACCUUUAAUUCCUGUGUUAUGAUGGAAAAAGAGUUUUAAUGUGGGCAUGUUGUUAUAAAGGAGUUGUUGCCAGUGUAUUAUGUUAAAGGUUGUCCAUAAUUACUCUUUAGUGUUGCAUUUGAGUUCAAUUUUGUUUUGGCAUUCAUUUUCUAAGAAGAUAAAAGAGAGAAAUUCAUUAGUAAUGUACGUAUAUGUGUAAUUUAAAAAAAAAAAAAGGUUUCGUUUGAAGCAAAUGAGACGAAGUUGAUAAAAUGCUCAGUUUUACUAAUGAAUUAUGCACUGGCCCACAAGUUUUAUAGGUUUUCAUAUAUUGCUGAAGUCAGCCGGUAUUCAUGCGUGUAUUUUCACACAUUGUACAGUGUUUAUCAUGUUUAUAUCACUCUGCUAAUUAUUUGUAUAAAAGACGACCGGAUGAUGCUGUGCUAUUUUUAAAUGGCUGUCAUGCGUACAUUUAAAAUAAAGAUGUGUUUCUUUCUUUCUU